AUGCUGAGCUCGCUCCCUGUGGGCCUUUUGGGCCUAGCCGUUCUCUUGCCAUCCACUCAUGCUCGCAUUCCACGCCUACCGCGCCAGUCCUCGGCUGCUCCAUUCAUCAAUGCUACGGCCACGAAUGUCAGCAGUGUGGCGCUGUCGAUUAACACCAAGGACACGUCCCUUCGGAAUACCACAGCUCCAUACUUGUAUGGUCUGAUGUUCGAGGACAUCAACCACUCGGGCGAUGGCGGUAUUUACGCCGAGCUGCUCACUAACAGGGCCUUCCAGGGUUCGAACAUUGUCCCUGGUGCAGUGGAUGGCCUCGCCGGCAAUGUUAUCAUCUCCAGCGAGAACCCGGUCGUCCCCUAUGGACCGGUCCUAACAGGAUGGGCUCCGAUUGGAGAUGUGCGGCUGACACUGGACGUGCUUCAUCCGCUUUCUGAAGCUCUUCCCACCGUCCUCCAGGUCGACAUUCCAGCGAACGCGACUGGAGAGGUCGGUAUCCUGAACUACGGAUGGUGGGGAAUGGACGUUUCGCCUCAGACAUACAACGCUUCCUUCUACGUCUUGGCGAACGAGCCGCGAUACAUGAACAACCAGACUACGUUCACAGUGUCGUUGCGGUCGAAUCUCACAGGAGAGACGUUUGUCUCAGAGCAGAUUGGCCCCGUGAAGGUCUCUACUUUCGAUUACACCCAACUGAACGCUUCGAUCGUCAAUACUGUCACGGCUCCCAACUCGAACAACACCUUCGCCCUUACCAUGGAUGCUUCUGAGGUCGCUGGUCAGACUUUGUACUUCGGUCUCUUUUCGCUCUUCCCCGAAACCUUCAAGGACCGUCCGAACGGGUUGCGGAAGGACAUUGCGCAAGCUUUUUACGACAUGAAGCCACGCUUCCUGCGUUUCCCUGGUGGUAACAACCUCGAGGGAGUCUCUGUGGACAAGCGCUGGAAGUGGUGGAAGACGAUUGGCCCGCUCAAAGACCGUCCUGGCCGGCCCGGCAACUGGAACUAUUUCAAUACUGAUGGACUUGGUCUCUUGGAAUACCUUGAAUGGUGCGAGGAUAUGGAGAUUGAGCCUGUGCUAGGCGUCUAUGCUGGUUUCUCGCUUGAUGUCUGGGGCCAAUCCGGCACGGACUGGCCACAGGAGAGAAUGCCCGAGGUUCUCCAGGAGGCCAUUGACGAGCUUGAGUUCUGCAUGGGUGAUACCUCGACCAAGUGGGGCGCCAAGCGCGCAGAAUAUGGGCACCCGGAGCCUUUCAACAUCAAAUACGUGGAGAUCGGCAACGAGGAUUGGUUCUCCACCACCUAUCCUCGCAGGUUCACGUUCCUGUAUGAUGGCUUGAAAGCUGCGUACCCGAACAUCACCUACAUCUCUACGGCGUACAACGAGCACCCCGACUACACCAUCGAUAUUCCCGCCGGGGCCUACUGGGAUACUCACCACUAUGAAGAACCAAGCUACUUCCUGCGGAACUUCGAUUUCUACGACAACUGGCAAACCGACACCCAGAACGAAGACGUGGGUGUGUUGCUUGGGGAGUUCAGCGUUUACCAGCUCGACACGCCCGAUGGUAUCGUCAACUUCUCCAAUCCGGCCGAUGUUCACGUCUUCUACCCGCGCAUGAUCUCUGCGAUUUCGGAGGGUGUCUACGCGCUAGGUGGUGAGCGCAACCCGAACACUGUCAAGCUUAGCAGCUACGCGCCCAGCCUUCAGAACCGCAACUGGUACAACUGGACUCCCAACAUGAUCAGCUACGACGCAGACCCCAGCAAGACGGUUCUCAGCACCAGUUACUGGCAGCAACUGCUGUUCGCCCACUAUCGUGGGACGCAGACUCUGCCUGUCACCAACACUGAGGGCGACUUCAACCCGGUUUACUGGCAGAGCAGUAUUGAAGAAGAUACUGGUUCGAUCUAUCUGAAGGUCAUCAAUGCCGGCAACCAGACCAUGCCUCUCAGCGUUAUGAUUGACGCUGCAUACAGCAAGGUGAAUGGUACCAUCAUGCAAAAUGAUGAUAUCAACGGCUUCAACUUUGUGAACAACCGGACGGCAAUCAUGCCCCGCCCGCUGGGUGCCAACGGCACUGAGGUGCCUGCCAUAUCUUCUGAUGGAAGCUUCAUCUGGACCGUGCCCAUUCACUCUAUCACUGUGCUGCAAUUCGACCUGUGA